AUGGCUUGCGACUUCGCUAUUGCACGAUUUCGUUUUCUUCGACGUCUCCUUUUGGUGCAUGGACAUUGGUGCUAUGAUCGUCUUGCUCUCACUUUUUUGUUCUUUCUUUACAAGAAUACGAACAAUGUAUUUAUUCUAUUUUUCUUUCAAUUUUAUGAUGGAUGGUCAGCAGCUUUCACUAAUGAUCCCACUUAUACCAUCUUAUAUCCAAUCAUCUUUUCUGCUGUCCAACCUAUAAUAGUUGGUGUAUUCGAUCAAGAUCGUUCGGCUGAGGAUCUGCUUGAAGAUCCGAGCUUGUAUUCAUCAGGCCGCAAAGGAACCAAGUACACAUUUAGCCUUUUUGCUCUCAGCGUUAUUGACGGGAUAUGGCAAGCAGCCGUUGUUUAUUAUGUGGCGCAUUGGACUUUCGUUGGUUAUGACUGCGGUUUGUGGACUUUCGGCUUCUACACAUCCACAGGUGUGAUGCUUACCAAUGCCGCACACCUUAGCAUUGAAGUCAGGUGCUGGGUGAGUCUUUCGACCUCUAAGUUUGGCCCUUCUUCAUUCUUUGCGUUCGAUAAUUUUCAUUUUAUGCUGGUUUUUUUCGGAAGUUUCUAAGC